UAUGUCAAAAUUGUCAUUUGUGGAAUGUAAAUUGUGCAUCGCCGACUGCUAUUUGAUUGGAUUGAUUUAAAUCCUAUUUCGAAUUUGAAAAUGGGUCUUAAGGAAGCUAAUAUUUAUUUGGACAACCAGUGGAAUACUUAUUAUGCCGGACAAACAGUUAACGGUAGAAUAGAAUAUGUUUUUGAUAGCCCAAAAAAAGUUCGAGGUAUCCACGUUAAGUUCAAGGGAGAGGCCCACACUGAGUGGUAUGAAAGUAAGCAACAAGAAAAUUCUGAAGGCAAGACCGAAUCUUCGGAUACUAUGCACAGUGGCAAUGAGGAAUAUUUCCAAAUAUCGUACUAUUUGCUUGGCAGUAACUCAGGAAAUGAAAUAGAAAUCCCUGAAGGGAAGCACACAUAUAACUUCACUUUCACACUCCCACCUGUGCUGCCAUCUUCUUUUGAAGGUGAACAUGGGUACAUUAGGUACACUGUCAAAGUCACACUUGACAGACCAUGGAAGUUUGACCAGGAAACUAAAAUGGCAUUUACAGUCAUCAAUGCACUGGAUUUGAAUCUCAAUCCUAAUUACAAGGAACCUAUACACAUUCAGUUAGAAAAGACUUUUUGCUGUUUCUGCUGUGCAUCACCUCCCUUAUCAGUGGAUGUUCAAGCCCCUGUGUCAGGAUAUUGUCCUGGACAGGUGAUACCUUUAACAAUUGACAUUGAAAAUAAAAGUAAUGUGCAACUACACCUUGUCAAGAUAUUCUUAAGAAAGGUUGUAACAUACAGAGCAACAUCUCCAUCUACAGCAACAAAGAAGAUAAAAAGUGUUAUUUUGACUGUGCAAGAAGGUCCCGCGCCAGCAGGCACCACUAAACACUGGAGUCUUAAUAUGGAGAUACCACCAAUACCGCCAUCGAAUCUCGUCAACUGCAAUAUUAUCGAUCUGGAUUAUGACCUCAAGGUGGAAUGCGUGGUGUCCGGCAUGCAUCUGAACAUGCAUGACAAGAAGUAUGUGACGAUCGGCACGGUGCCGCUCGUCGGUAUGGCGGGUCAACCUGCGCCUGCGCCUUCCCCUACCGCCAGCAACGGGCAGUACUCGCCGAGUCAGCCCGCCGUGUUACCAGUGGGGCCGGGACAACCUGCUCAACCGGUGCCUUCGCCGGCGGGCGGUGAUGCAGGUCCGGGCGGGUGGGUGGCGCCGGGCGCUGCGCCCUCGGCGCCGCCUUACCAAGCACUUUACCCGACACUUACUGAACCCGUCUACAAGGAAUCUCCGUAUACGGCUCGCACAAUCCAGGACCGUGGCGACAACAGCCACACAAUGAUAAGAGGAGGGAAUUUCGCGCCGUUCUACCCUACAUACGCAGCAGUCCAGCCGCCUCCGUUACCGCAAUAAACUUGUAACACUAUUAGCGAAACAAGUCCUUUGCCUACGUAAAUACGCUCAUGCACACCAGAUAUAAGCUGCCAAUUUUCCAGUUAUCAAGUUAAUAAAAAAUCCUAGUACGUCAUUUCGUAUAUCACGAAUAUGAAUGUAUGUAUGAACGCAUUUACACUGCCGGUAAUCAUAGCAUCACCCGGCUUUCUCGCGCUUUAUCUCAUGUCGAUGCCAUUAAUUUAACACCGUCCAAAUACCGUCCCCAAAUAAGGUAAAAGUUAUAUGGCGGCAAUACUAUUUGUCCAUGUUAAACAGUGGCACACAUUUCCAAACAAUGUGUUUUCAUAAUUUUACAAAGUGGAUAACAACAUGCACAGCUUAUGAGCUCGACCUAGCGCUACAGAGUAAACGACUUGUUUCGCUAAUUCUUUACAAUUUCUAAAGUUAUACAAUGUGAUUUGAACUGGCAACAUUUAUAAUAUAAUCUUGUGUACACCCUCAUAUAAAAUUUUUCAAUGAAAGAGGUAUAUAAUAUUAUGUUGCCAUUUUGAGCCAUAUUCAUGAAAUUUAAGUUUCAACCGACAAUCUGACAAAUUAGUGCAAAUAUCUACCAAGCGCACACAUUUUAUGUAAGAAACAAGUACGCAUAUAACGCACAUUAAUGUUUAUAAAUUGUUUUAAAAAAUGUAUAAUAUAAUAUGUAUUUCCUAAUCUUUCGGCAAUAAGUUUUAACUUUUAUGAAAGCAUGUUAUGUAAGUUGUGAAUGUUACUUUGGAUUACUAGGUUUUGAACAGUUAUUUUAUAGCUUCAUGAGGGUAUUAAUUGGUUAUAUCAUGCCUUUUCAAAUUAUUUACACAAAAUCAGAUUAUAUGUUGCGAUGAUAAUUUUUCGCGUAAUUUCGUUAUGUAUGAGUAAAGUGUGGAACUUUAGUACAGAAAUGCUUACUUAUAAUAUGGCAUUUAAAUUUCAUUGUUAAAAGGAUAUUAUGUGACUUUAUUAGACGUUACGCAUUUAGUAUGUAGUUUGAUCUAUGUGUAGUGUCAGUAAUGGCUUUGGUGCUUGAAAGACAUAAGACAGGGUUAUCAGUAUCUACACUGUACAAAAUACUACAUUUUUAGAAAACUUUUUGCUAAAAAAAAUUAAACCGCUCAAAUAACUACGGAGACAUUAAUCUCUGCCUUACUGCCUUAUACACUUUUUACUCUGAAAUAUUACUAAUCCCUUAUGUGUUGUCUCGAAUUUUUUUAUAUAUAUUAUUUUUUUUUAUUAAAAGAUUUAUAAUAAAUAGUAUUUCACAAUUCCUUUCUCAAUUAAUUAGUAUAAGUUAUAAGCAUCUCAAAUAUAGGAAAAAUAUUUUUUUCAUCAUCAAAUUACUGAUAAACAUGCACAUUUCACACUUUGGAUUUUCCUGACGUCACCGCUAUUUCAAUUCAGAGGCGAGAGAGGCAGCACGAUAUUCCAAUUAUGCGCCCGCUCUUGCUCUUAGUACCAAUAAAUGAACCGCAUUUCAGACAUUUUGACGCAAUUUUCACAGUAAGAUUUCCUUUUAGUAUUAUUGUCUAUUGCGUGUUAAAUAAUGUCUAAUUAUAAAAAUAUAGAAAGUUGCCACAUGAUAUGACGUUAGUUAUUAUUGUCAAGAUAUUAAUUGAUAUUCGUCUUUAUAAGCGGCAUAAAGUUAGCCGCAAGUGGCAUGUAAUUUAUUGCAGGGGUGAUAAAAAAAUCAAGGGCACAGAUGUACUAACUUCAUGCUGCCAUAAAUAUCAAUGUUAGGUGCAGUAGCUUUCAAAAUUAGAUAUUAGAUAAACUCGAUGUGCCAUUAUGCGGCACAGGAAAAAACAGCUAAUUGCUAAAAUAAGUAUUGAUAUAACUUAAAACUCGUUAUGAGAAGCUUAAAUUAAUAAUAAAGAUAUUUUAUAAUUGAAAGAUAUUAAUUUAUUUGCAAUUAUAGUUACUAUGUUACUAACGAUGGACUUCAUGUAUCUCAAAUUUUAAUAUACUAUUCAUAUACAUUGUUUAAUUUUAAGACAAUUUUAUAUUCAUGUUUUUGAUUGAAGUGUCUAAAGGCGAAAAGCAGUUGCUUAUUAUAUGUAUUUUAUUUUUAUUAAAAUGGUGAUCAAAAUUU